AUGUCCUCUCUCCAGUCCCCAAAGACCUUCCAGGAUGACAUCUUCCCCAUGACAGCAGGCAACGAGGCGGCCCUGACGGCUCAACAGUGGCUCUCAGGGAUCAAUAGAGGCCCGGUGCUGAUGUGUCUGAAACCUGGCACUAAGGUAGCCAACCCCUACCCAGAGACCCUACCCAGGAGGGGGCUGAGUAGCUUCCAAGGUGGGGGACCAGGAGAGCCAGGGUCCACGGAGCAGGCCUUCCUCCAGGAGCAGCUAGCCUACCAGGACGCCAAGUACCCCAGGGAAGUGGCUGAUCUGUCGGGCUGGCAGCCAGACGAGACCCAGGCUCCGGGUUGGGCCUACACUCCCCACUGUUGUGAGCCCUCAGAGUGCCCUCCACCCAGGACAGAGAGUGAGCUCCUACAGGCGUUCUACAGGCAACAAGAGAGAUCAGGGGACUGAUAGACCAGCUCAACCAGAAAAAGGUCCAGAUCACACAGCUGGAACUGGAGAUAAAGAACACCAGAAAUAACAUGAGAGACACCUUCUGAAUGAUUCAACCAAUCACAUUAGAAGAGCCUUCUGAAUCAACCAAUCACRUGGGAGCAGCUUUUGGAAUCAACCAAUAACAUGAGAGCCACCUUCUGAAUGAUUCAACCAAUCACAUUAGAAGAGCCUUCUGAAUCAACCAAUCACGUGGGAGCAGCUUUUGGAAUCAACCAAUCACAUAACAGCCACCUUCUGAUUCAACCAACCACAUGAGCCACCUUCUGAUUCAACCAAUUUUUGUAUUUAUUAAGGAUCCCCAUUAGUUCCUAUCAAGGCAGCAGCUACUCUUCAUGGGGUCCAGCAAAUACAUUUUGUCCAGUUUAUACAAUUAACAACAUUACAGUACAUUAAGUGUGUACCCUCAGGCCUCUACUACCACACAAAAUCCAUG